AUGAUUAAUAUAGAUAUGCAAAUAAUUCAAAAUGAAAAAAAUAACAAUAUCGAAGAACAACAAAAUAGAUAUUUAAAUAAUGAAAUAAAAAGUGGUAAUUAUUGUGAUAUAUCGUUAUUAAAACUAAUUGAUGAAUGGUCUGAUAUAGAAGCUAAUUUAUAUCCAAUUAAAAAUAAUAAAAUAUUAAAAAAAAUAAAAUAUGAAAUAAAAAAAUUUAUAUAUUCAAAUAUUUUACACAAAAUAAAAGUUAAUUUUACCUUGUUUAAUAUAUAUUAUAAUUAUAAAUAUAGCUACCAUCUUUCAUAUGUCAAUAAUCAGUAUUUUUUUGAUAUAUUCUCAAACAGUUGUGACUAUUUUUACGAAAUAUUAAAAAAAUAUCACCAAGAAAAUGAGCAACAAUUCUAUGACGAAUUUUUGGAGGAAAAACAUGGAAAAGAAUUUGAAAAAAAAUACGAAAAUGACCUGAACUGUUCAGAAAAUACAUGCACUGUUCAUAAAGAUUAUAACAAAUAUAUGGAUGAAAUAUUUUACCAAGAUGAAAAUGAUAGCAGUGGCAAUGGCAAUAAUAAUGAGGAAAAUUGUCUUAUCCUGACUCAGCUAUACACAUCAAUAAUUUACUGCUUCAUUUUGUUAAUAAAAAAUAAAUAUUAUCUCGAUUUUAUUUGCCUGUACAUGUACAUAAAAUUUUACUUUUCCAUAAAUAAAUUAUUUCUAAAAAGAAAUAUAUGUUUAAAUUUCACAUGUCACAAAACUUUUUUGAAUCUACUUUUUUUAUUAUCAGACAUAAGUAUAUAUAACAAUAAUUUUGAUUAUGAUGAUAAUAAUGGAAGGAAAGAAAAUAAUUGGGAAAAAAAAUAUACAAAUAAAUUAAGAGAUUUAUAUAAUUUUGAUAAAUUUGACCAAAAUAUAAAUAUAGGCAAUCUAACAAAUUUAUCUUUUAAUCUAAUUUUAAAUUUAAAAGUAAAAAUAAAUUUUUAUGAAACAAAUUAUGAUAUUGAUCAAAAUAAAUAUAAACAUAUUUGUAAAUAUUUAUUAUUUUUUCAAAAUGAGCUUAUACAAAAAUAUGUUUUACGAUUGAAUGAGCUAACUAAUUUAACAUUAAAAUAUAAACAAUAUAUUUUUAAUAAAAAACAAACCACAUAUUCAGAAUGUCAAAAUUUAUCUACUUCUCCUGACUCAUAUGUUAAAAAUACCUUAACUGAUUACCUGUCUCGACAUUAUAGUGAGCAAACAAAACAAAAUAAUUAUGAUCAUGGUCAUAACUAUAACCAUAAUUAUGACCAUAACUACAAUGAUAAUGAUAAUGAUAUAGAUGGCUUCUCUUCAUUCCGUUUUAAUAACAUAGAUCCUUAUUGUAUCGAUGGAAAUUUUUCAAAUCAAAAUAGCUUACUAAAAAAUUAUAUCUUUCAAAAAAAUAUAACCAUGAACAAUUUGAAAAGCUGUAACGACUCACUUCUAAACAGGCCACUUCUAAACGGGCCACUUCUAAACAGCUCACUUCUAAACAGCUCACUUUUUGACAGACCACUUUUUGACAAAUCGCUAGUUGCCCAAUUCGAUAGUCAUAAAAAUGGACAAAAUAAAUACUUAGAAAAUGAGUUUCUUUUUAUUUGUUUAAAUAAUAAGACAUAUAAAAUUAGAAUCGAAAAAUUGAUUCCAAAUUUUUUUCACAAAAAAAAUAUUCUUAAUCUUGACUCUGAACAUAAUAUUUAUACUAAUAAAACUGAAACUGAUUUAUUAAUUUUUUUUAAAUCACAAAAUUAUAAAAAAAAUACAAUACUAAAAAAGUAUAACCAUUCUAUUAUCAAUUAUUUUAAUAAAACUAGCCAUAAUUAUGUAGAUGAAAAUAAAAAUGAACAGUUUGAUAAUGACGAAUGUAACACAUUUUUGUGGAAAAAGUCUUAUGCAAAUGAUACUCUUACCUUAAAAAUGUUAGAACGAAAAAUAAUAAUUGAAAAAAAUGAAAUAUAUAAAAAUAACUAUUUAAAUAUAAUUAAUAGUAUAUAUGUAACAUUACAUAAAAAUAUAAUUUGCAGUGUUAAUCAUCGAAUAGAAGAAUAUAGAUAUAUUUUUUUUAAAAAAUUUUUAAUAUUUUUUAUUAAUAAUUCUCAAAAAAAUAAAACAACCAUAAAAGAAAAAAAUGAUAAUUGGAAAAAUGAUAAUUGGGAAAAUGAUAAUUGGAAAAAUGAUAUUCUUGAAUGCUUAGUUGGAUAUGAAAAUGAAAUGUUUAUUACAAGUAGAAGACACAAAAAAAUAAUAGAAAGUAAUAAAAAUUAUUCUGAAUUUUGUGAAAAAAAAAUGAAAAAAAUAAAAAAUGGAUCUAUAUAUAUUAAUAAAAAUAUAAUAUGUGUUGAUUAUAAUAUAGCUUUUUGGGGAAAAAAAAAAAACAAAAAAUAUUUUCGUCUUUAUUUUAACCCAUUCCAAAAUAUAUUCUCCUCUGCUUUCUAUCAAAAAUAUUUUCACAUAUUUUUAUAUUUUUCGAAAAUCGGAUCAUUAGUAAGAUACAUCAAAACGUUUGUUCAUGUUUUUUUAAAACUUAUUUACAAAAAAGAAGAAGAUUACCUCACUGAGUGCCCACGCGAAAAUAUCGCAAAUAACGAAAAUAUCGCAAAUAUCGCAAACAUCGCAAAUAACGAAAGUUCCCACGUUGAUGAGAUUAUCCCAUUUGGAGACGUUUUUAUGUCAUUUAUAAAUAGUAUAAAUAAAUAUAUCCUCAAAUAUGAACAAGAUAUACGAAAGAUUAUAUUGUAUGCAGAUUUAAAAACACCUUUAGAAAUAUAUAAUAAAAUAAAACAAUACACAGAAUGUAUUAUAUUUCUUAACAUUCUAUGUUCAUGCUAUAUUUAUAAACUUGACAUAUUUAGCAAAAAGAAUUUCCCCUUUUCCCAAAUCGCUAAUGUGACGAAAAAAAAUGGAACGAAAAAAAAUGAAGCGAAAAAAAAUGAAGCGAAAAAAAAUGAAAAGCUUGCUACUGAAUACAACUACGUUUCGAACGUUAUAUACGGCCUUGCUCACAAAACAAACUUCGCUAAUGACGAUGGCAAUGAAAAUCAUCUAUCUCGCCAAGGGUUUAGACAAAAUAGCAACUGCUUAUUCAUAUUUCCUCGAGGAAACGAGCUCAUAAACUACAUUUAUUCCUAUUAUUAUUUAUUUAUAAAUGUAAAUAACAAAAAUUUAAAGAAUUUAUGCAAAUAUAUUUUUUUGAGGAUAAUAAAACCAUUUCUGUAUUUCCUUUAUUCUUAUGUUUUUAUGGGAAUAAAUACAGAUUAUUAUCACGAAUAUAUUUUAAAUAAAAAUAUAAAUAUGCUAUUUUUUUAUAUAUAUACUAAUCACAAAAUUAUUUAUAACAAACACAAUUUAAAUUCAAAUCAAGCACUUUCCCUUCCUGUAUUUUUGAAUUAUGCCAUAAAAAUUGUUUAUUCAACAGCAUCCCUUUCCAAAUUUUUGCGACGCUCGAGUGAAAACGACUUUUAUCUUUCGUUCCCCAAAUUUCCAACAAAUAAACCGCAUCAGCGAGAUAAACAAGAUAAGCGAGGUAAACGAGAUAAACGAAAAAACAAAAACCCAGAAUUUUGUAUAAAGAACGAAACCGAAAUCGCCAAAUUUUUGUGCUCAGCUUCCAUAAAUAAAAUAAAAAGCUUUUUAAAUUGUUAUGAUAAAUAUAAAAAAAUAAGAAAAAAAGAAAAAAGAACAAAACCUCAAAAUAUUUUUAUAAAAUGUUGGAAUAACGAACACUAUUUAAAUUAUGUUAAUAAAAAAACGAACAAAAUUGUAGGAAAUAAAUUAACAAAUCAUUUUGAUAUUUUUUGUCUAUUUCUACUAACCAAUAAUGAUGAUAAAAUAAUAAAUAGUUACAAUUCAUUUAUUAAUGACAAGGCUUUUGUGAAAAAUGAAAAGCAUUUCAUACCGUCGAAAAAAAGCCAAAAAAAAAACCAAAAAAAAAAACAGAAAAAAAAACAGAAAAAAAUAGCGUAUAACCAUUUUGGUACUAACAAAAUUAAAAACCAUUUUAAAUGUUCGACUCCUCAAUACACUAACAUUCAUUCCAUAGUUAGCAUAAAUAAAAGAAAAAAACAAAAAAAAAAAUCAAUUAUUUUUUAUAAAAAAAACACAAAUAAAAUGAACAAACUAGCCAAUAUAGCUUAUGACGAAAUGGAUAGAGAUAGUGAACAUGGCGAAAGCGAUUCUCGAAAUAGUGAACAUGGCGAAAGCGAUUCUCGGAAUAGUGAACAUGACGAAAGCGAUUCUCGGAAUAGUGAACAUGGCGAAAGCGAUUCUCGGAAUAGUGAACAUGACGAAAGCGAUUCUCGGAAUAUUAAUUAUAUAAAUAAAAAAAGUGAAAAUGCCAAAGCUACUAUUGACGUAUCCAAAUUUAAAACGAAGGAUAAACAAAAUAAUGACACUCUUUUACAACAAAAAAAUAAUCUAAUAAAAUUUAGAAUAAACUAUAAACAUACUGAAACAACUUAUCUAAAUGAUAACAAUAUUCAAAUUAACAAUUUAAAUUAUUUUUUAUAUAAAAAUAUAUUUAUUCCUAUAAAUAAUCAUUUUUAUAUGAUCAAUAAAAUACUUGUUUUUUCAUAUUUAAUAAAUAAAAAUUUGUUAAUAUAUUUAUCCUUAUUAAAAUGUUUACUAUUUGACGAAUGUGAACAUAAUUACAAUUUUUUCAAAUCAAUUAUAUUGAGCAAGGAAAAUAGUUUGGAAAGUGGCCAAAAUGAAGUAAAAAAUAUUUAUUUUUCACAAAAAUUAUCAAAUACUUCAAGCAAAAUAUAUAUUAGACACAAAUUUAACACCAAUUUUUAUAAAGCUAAUCUUAUAACCAAUAAAUUUUUUAAUAUAAAUAUAGAUAUACAUAUUCCUCAAAUUUUAUACAUUUUUUUUGAUAAAGAUGUUAUAAAUUAUUAUAAAAAUAUCUACUCUUUAGUAUCUUUAUUUUAUUAUACUAUAAAUAAUUUGAAAGAUAUUUUUUUUAUUUUUAGAUCAUUUUCGAAACCAGUUAUAUAUAACUAUGCCGAAAAGGUGACUCAUAAAUUGGGCGAUAAAAAUUAUCAAAAUGGGAUGGGCGAUAAAAAUGAUCAAAAUGGGCGGGGCGAUAAAAACAUUUUUGCCAAUAUUACCUUUAAAUAUAUGGAUGUGAUUAAAAAAAUUGCAAAUAAGCAUAAAGAUUAUAUUGAUGAAAAUGAUGAUAUUGAAAACAGUUUUUGUGUUAUAAAUAAAAAAUAUAAUAACAUUUUUUUAACACAUUACAAAAUUUUAAAUGUAGGUUUCGAUAAAAAGCUUCUUAACAAUAGUAGUGGUAGUAGUGGUAGUGGCAAAAUUAUAAAAUAUCUUGAAAAUAUCAAAAUAUUUAACGAAAUUUUAAAUGAUUUUAACAAAAUACGAAGUGAAAUGCUUUUAAUUAUUACCUAUUUAUAUGAUUAUAUAAUUAAUAUAAAUAUAUAUAAAAAUUAUUUUUUAUGUUUUCAAAAUAUGUUAAAAACAGAUAAAUUUAUUCAACUAAUUUAUAUUCAUAAAUAUUUUAUUCAACAUAUUUUUAAAUUCUCAUUUUUGGCUAGUCAUUUUUUUUUUUUUAGCAAAAUUAUUUUUAAUAUUAUUAACACUAUAGAUCAAUUUAAAAAGCUAGUAACUUCUCUUCAACUUUUGGAUAAUUUUAAUUCAGAUCAAGAACACACAUUUUCGUUUAUUUUUGAUAAACAUUAUAAAAUUGUUGAGCAAAAUAUUAUUUUAUUAACAUCCGAACAAGCCCAAAAAAUUAUAAAAAAUUUUUAUAUUAACAGAAAUAAUUUAGUUACACACAUAGCAAAAUUUCAAAAUAACAAUCUCGAUUACAUUUAUAGCAAAUUUUAUUUUAACGAUUAUUAUUCUUCUUUGUUUGAACACUCAUAA